GGUUUAAUGAGAAAUAUUUUCUUUCAGGAUGCCGGAACGUUACCAUAGGGAUUCGUACAGUACUAGUUAUGGUGCAGGAUCUAGAAGAGAAAGACCAGAAGGCACACAGAGAACCAGGGUAACGAUUGAUUAUGAUCAUGGUAGCAGUUACAACAGGCAAAGAUACAGAGAUGGAGCUUCUGGAUCAGCAGCAGGAAGUGGCAGUGGUGGUAGAAGCAAUGCCAGUAGCAUCUUGGGCAAUUAUGGCACAGGUGCCAAUACUUCAGGUUAUAACAGUAGUUCCAGUUAUGGGGCUACACCCAACUUUAGUAACACUUCAGGUUUUGGCAGAGCUUCUGCUUAUGAUGGUGGUGCCAGCUAUGGUGGUAACACAUCUUAUGGUUCUGGCUAUAGAAAUAAAACAUCUCAUGGCAAUUCUUCUAGUUAUGGAAGUAAACCAUCUUACAGCAAUUCUUCAAAUUAUAGAGGAUCUUCAGCCUAUGGCCAUGCUGGUCAUAACAGGCCAGUGGUUAGCCCUUGGGAGAGUGGCAUGGCUCCAACUGCCGCUAUUCCUGUGGCAAAUCAUGGUGGCUUCUUACCUACUCCUGAAGUGUCGGGUACAAGUGUGGCAGUCUCCCCUGCCACAGACAUUAUUGGAGCGGUCAGUCAGCUUACUCAGAUGGGGAGUACUCAGUCAGCACUUGCCUUGAAUAUCCUAAAUGCUGUCCUGAACAGAGAAUCAGGUGAUGCGAGACAGCCAGACAUGGAUGUUGGACCUCCUGCCAGUAAAAUGAGGCGCAUUGAAUGGGUAAGUAAAAUUUAGGAUUUUGUUUGCUAAUAAUUUGUUUAGAAUCUACCAAUAUUCUUUAA